GCUACAGGGAAGAACCGUGGGGACCCCCAAGACCCCGACCGCGGAUUGAGGAGUAAGACCCCUCUUGGUAUAGGCCGUACGAUCCGGUGGUUGAUGGGCCUAUGAAAGGGCUCUAUUUUCGUCGUUACGAUGACCGACGAGUCCGCUACUACGACGUCAACCUAGGUCUAGAAGCGCUUUUCUUCGACGGACGUGAUGUGACGGGGUUCGUCGAGAAGUGGGAGAGUUAUGCUUACGGAAAGAGUUUCUUCGACAAGGAGUGGAUAGACCACUUCAUCCAGCAUUCGGACCCGGAACUAGACCCUGCGAUUAGGGCUAUCUACCCGGCAGAUGGUCGGUGGAGGACAUUCAAAAGUAGUCUAUUACGAACUUUCGCAUGUGAUGACUUAAUCCUCACCGUAGAGGGCUUGCGUCGUGUUAUGAGGGGGAAACGGAAAAGCUUGGUGGCCUUCACUCGGAGGUUCAAGCGCUUGUCCCAAGCCCUGGUGGAUAGAGGGAUGUUGUCGGAGGUGGAUAGGUAUGUAAUGUUUAUGUUGCACCUACCCGAGGAGAAAAGGAAGGAGGUCCUAGAGAAAGCUCCCCGAGACUCGGCCAAUUUCGAAAGAGUCGCCGAGGUAGUCUUCAUGGGAGGAGGAGUAGACGUGAGAGAAUACAUGAAAGAAACCCUGGACAUGGCGCUCUGUAAUAUGCGCAACACACAAAACGAUGGCCCUCGGGGGAAUGACAGACCACCCCCUGGUCCACCUGUUCCGCGAUGGGGAGAACGCCAAACGGGGUGGAGAAACGAACCAGGAAACCCGGGCGGGUGGAAGUAUGACCGAUACCGAGGCCCCGAUUGGGGAAAUUCCCAUUGGAAGGAUGCUAGGGAUGGAAGAUGGGGAGACACGCCUCAAGUGAGGGCCACAGGGGCACGACCUGAGGUCAGGGCUCCGCCACCCCCCGCACCACCGCCGCCGGCUCCUCCCACGCCGAUAGCCACUGCGACGCAAGGGGGACCACGCCCCAACUACCCGCUAGCUCGAAGCGGGUGUGUUUACUGCAACGAAGAAAGUCACAUCAAGAGGGACUGUCCUCAUCUCACCGAGGCCUUAAGGUUGGGAGUGGUUAAGCUAAAUGAAAACAAAUGGGUUGUGUGGGAUGACAAAGAGCGCGUCCCCUUCUACCCCUCUAUGAAGAUAAAUGUGGACAAGAGAAUCACUCUGCGAGAGGCGAGGUUAGGGAAGCAACCUGAGAGCGGGACGACCGCUAGCACGUCCCGGGUCCAAAUGAUGGAACCGACAGGGGGAAUCUCUACACGGGAGCCUCAAGUCUCGAGCAUCAAGUUUGUAGAGGCGGAACCCGAUGUCCCUGGUCCCCUGCCUGGGGAGGUCAAAGUUCAGGAAGAAGGAACCUGUCUGCGAGUAAGGACCCAAGUGGGGGCCGGAUCUUCAAAGGGCAAGGAGCGGAUGGGGGAAGGAAGAGCAAGGAUGAGGAUUAUCCCAUGAUAGACGCAAGGACUGCCGAAGAGAAGAAGGGAGAAGAGCCGACGUCCAAAAAGUC